UGGAUGUUCGGCUGGGUGUUCCUGCGGCUCGGAGGCGACACGCAAAGAUCUCUUUCCUGAUUGCAUUUGACUUGCAAUGCCGGCUUCUCUUUGGAAUGCAAAACCGUGCACAGGAUGAAAUCAGGUCACUCUUCCAGAAUGCCAGAGGAAAGUUCCCCAAGGAAGACUCCCCAGAAUGUCCCAUAUCAGGACCUUCCUCAUAUGGUGAAUGCUGACGGGCAAUACCUGUUCUGCAAAUACUGGAAGCCUGCAGCCACACCGAGGGGCCUGGUGUUUGUGGCUCAUGGUGCUGGAGAACACUGCUGUCGCUACGACGACCUUGCCCAGAUGUUGACGGGGAUCAACCUUUUCGUGUUUGCUCAUGACCAUGUUGGCCACGGGCAGAGCGAAGGAGACCGUAUGGUUGUGUCAGACUUCCAUGUGUAUGUCAGAGACAGCUUGCAGCACAUUGACCUCAUGAAGAAGGAUCACCCAGGCCUCCCUGUGUUCCUUCUAGGGCAUUCCAUGGGAGGAGCCAUCACUAUCCUUACCGUGUGUGAAAGACCAAACGACUUUUCAGGCUUGGUAUUAAUUUCUCCUUUAGUAGUUGCGAACCCAGAGGUAGCAACUCCGAUCAAGGUUUUCGCAGCUAAAGUACUCAACUUACUCAUGCCAAAUCUGUCCCUGGGAGCUAUAGACCCAAAUGUGGUUUCCCGGAAUAAAAAAGAGGUUGAAUCUUACGCCACGGACCCGCUGGUUCAUCAUGGUGGCAUGAAAGUCUCCUUUGUCAUCCAGCUGAUGAACGCCAUUGCCAAAAUAGAACGCUCUCUCCCUAAACUGACCCUCCCCAUCUUGGUGCUCCAUGGCAUACCUGACAAACUCUGUGAUAUCAAAGGUUCCUAUUUGCUGAUGGAUACUUCUUCAAGUCAAGAUAAAACACUCAAGGUGUAUGAUGAGGCCUAUCACGCCCUCCACAAAGAACUUCCUGAGGUGACCACUUCUGUCCUUAAGGAAAUAUUAACAUGGAUUGGUCAGAAAGUCUCAGCUGCUGAAAAAGCCCCUCACUCUUAAAGAAAGCCACCUUAAAACUUUCUGAAAUGAUUGCUGGUUAAUCCUGAGGAGGAAAGAUUCUUCUUCGUUUCUUUUUUUUAAAAAAAAAAACUUCUGUCGGGGAAAGAAAGUUUCUCUUAAAUGGAUUCCUAAAAUAUUUUAUUUUUAAGAAGGUGUUCCUGUGGCAUAGGAUGAGGGGAUACAUGUCAGCCUUUUAAAGAGGUUAUUCUCCUAG